CUUCGGCCGGGCUUUGAAGUUUGUAUCCAACGGUCUUUUAAAUUUUUAGUUAUGGUUGAAUUUUAAAGUUGUUUUUAUUCUUUCCUGUCUAUGUUUUUAACAUGUCAUUUGACGCAAAAUUUUAUUAGCUUUACGGAUCAUUGUCAAAAAUAUAGUUGUAAUUAACAAAUAAUUAUGGAUAUUGAAAUCUUAGAAUUGUGUAAGGAAAACAUUCAACCUUUGAGAAAAGGAAGAAAAGUUAAUCAAUUAGGAUUAGCUCUCAAAGCUGAAGGGAAUGCAGAAUUACAAACAAGGCUACUGAAAGAGAGAGAGGAAUAUGAGCUUGGAAUCAUAACUUAUGAUGGGUCUGAUCCUCUGGUUCCUAGACUUGAGUACAUAACUUGGUUGGAGCAAACCUACAUCAAACAUGGUCGAGAAUGUAAUUUAAUACCACUUUUAGAAGACACUAUUACAUUAUUUAAGGAUAAUCCCAAAUACAAACAAGAUCCUAGAUUUAUUGAUCUUGUUGUAAAAUAUGUUGAAGAUCAAGAAAAUGCUGUCGAACUUUUCCAAAUGGUUUAUUCUCAGGGUUUGGGAACAAUGUGUGCUAGUCUUUACAGAUCAUGGGCAGAAGUUCUGGACCAAGGAAAUGAUUUUAAAAGAGCAGAUCAAGUCUAUCAGUUAGGAAUAGCGAAUCAUGCAGAACCUGUUGAUAUGUUGAAGCAAGCACAUGCUCAGUUUCAGUUGAGUGUGGGUCGACGAAUGAUGAUGUCAGGGGGUGACUUGAGCCAACCUAUUGUCGAGGAGCCUCAAGAAAGGCAGGCUUUAGGAAAAUUGAAGAAAGGUGUUGGAUCUAUCCGAAGUGCCCAUGGAUCAGCUGGAGUUCUUUCUGUCAGGAGCAGCAGCAAGUCAUCUUCAAAAAAACCAAUUGCUGUUUUUCAGGAUGGAGAAAAUAAUUAUGAGCAUCUUAUAUCUGUGGCACUACAGAAAAAUAAAAUUGGAAGCAUAGCCACCUCGAGCAAAAACAAUGAGGAAAACACACUUAAACCCGGAACUUGGAACAAAGGAUAUAAUAGGAAAGAAGUUUCAAAAAUGCUUUCGAUGCCUCCAACUACACCUUCUUUCAAAGUUCACGUUGAUCCUGAUGCAGAAGAGGAAACACCCAAACUGGCUGCAAAAACUCCUUCCAACGUGUUGAAGACUAGAAAAGCGGAAAUGUUGGCAAGUUCUAAUGCUAAAGAAGUAUUCACUGCUUCAAGUUCCGCUCACAAACCACUUCAGGCUAAUUUAGAGGUCUACGCUGGUGGUCGUGAAUUUUCCUUUGAAGAACUCAGGGCUGCGUAUUAUAAAAAACAAGAAGAUAUAAAAAAUUCGAAAAAAGAAGCCCUCGCACAAUUACAAACUCCAGCAAAAUAUGUGAUUCCACUCAACAUGCCUAAUACUCCUUUCAUGAUGGGAAGUUCUCACGAUGAAUGCGAAACUCCUUUACCAUCAAUGAGGAACUUAUCAAUCAGCAGUGAUUCCAAAAAUGACCGUGAUGUUCAAGAUGGAUCCUGUUCACCAACAACAGAUUCCAAUGAAUGUUUCAAGACUCCUUUUAAGCAUCCAGCUGGCUUUGUGCCUAUUACUCCUUCGUUACAGGGAAUAGAUUUAUCCGAAUUCAUCGAGACUCCCGUAGCACCUCCUCAGGCCAAGAAUAACAAAGUAUUCAGUAUUUUUGUUGAUGAAGAGUGCAGCAGCAGCAGCUCCUCAAGAGAUUUGUUACCAAUUAUUGAAGAAAAUCAAGAAGAAACCAGAACGAGCCCGAAAAUAAUGAAAAAGGGCUUUGUCAGGAAGAAACAGUUGUUUUCUGAAGAAUAAGUUUUAGAGGUGUUUUUAUAAUUUUAAAAUUAAGUAUUCAAGAUUUUCGUCAAAAUCUUUACUUUUUAGUAUUAAGUUUUCUACUGUUUUUAAUAAAAAAAAAAAAGAAAUGAUCAACUUUAAAAAAAAAUUCAACUGUUAAAUAUGUUAAUUAUACAAAUAUGAAUAAAAUUUUAAUAUAUUUAUGUUUUUAGAAUUUGUUUCCUUAAGGACAGAUUACCAAUGUGAUCGGCAAUUAUCCUAUGUGAUACUGAUGUUUAGCAUAUUAAGUCUGUUUCAUCUUAUCAAAUAAUACAAAAUUGUUUUUUCAUUUUAUCAAAUAACAUAAAAUUGUGUAAUAUUCUUGUUUGAAUAAUAAAUGUUUGUUGAGACUGUA